AUGCCGCCGAAACGGACGCACGAUGAGCCACAGCCCGGCUCGCUCAAGGAGAAGCUGCAACACCUGCAAGCCUCCAAUGCCAAUGCCCGCGGCCGUCGCAAUGGUGGCGCAAACACGAUGAACGGCAGCAGCCUCAAGGAGGUUGACAAUGCCUCGACCAACAGCGGCCAGACUUCUCACGACUCGAGUUCGUCGUCGUCAAAUAUCAAAUGGGCCUCGCAAGACGCCUCGGUUCUUCAAGGCUACCGCCGAGCCUAUCGUCUCGACACACCAUCCGCCUUCAAGAAUCCACUGAGCCACGUCGUGCUCAAUCAGGGCAUCGGCCGCUUCUCACCCACAAUGGCUCGGCCCAAAUCAAAGCGUCGGGUACACAAGGAUCAGCUGGCGUUGGCAGUGCGCAAGAACUUCAACGCGCUGGCUGUCAAUGAGGGCGAUGUCAUCAUUGACUGGCUAUACAAGUCCAAACACCAGGACAAAGAGUUUCGCGUUUGGCGGGAGCCACCUGAUACCACAUAUUAUGAGCAUGAGCAUUGGGACGGCGUUUGGAUAUCUGGGCUUGCGUGA